AUGGCCACUCGUCCCAUCCGCGUCUUGUGUCUCCACGGAUGGCGAACCAACAGUCGCGUCCUCGAGUCUCAAACGUCCGCUCUCCGUCAGGCGUUUGGCUCGAGAGCCGAGUUCACCUUCGUCAACGCGCCUUGGCCCGCUUCCGGCCCCGUCCCGGAGCUCGUGCGUCUCUUUUACGGCCCCAGCGGUCCCUUCUACCAGUGGUGGGACGCCCAGAAGCACUCGGACACUACCAGCAGCAGAUGGACGUACAGCGGUUUCCAGCGCUCUCUCGACCAGUUGACCAGUGAAAUUGACGCUCUGGGCUCGGUGGACGCCGUGCUCGGCUUCUCCCAAGGAGCGGCAAUGGCUACACUCUUGACGGCGCAGUACCUCUCGAAGGCGUCCCGUGGUUCUCUCGUGCCGUGGAAAGUCUGCGUCCUCGUCGCUGGCUUUGAUCCUGAGACGCCCGAGACGCUCGAGCUGCUGCUGGAUGGUGGCGCUUAUUCGUCGGUAGACGGGACUCUGGACAUUCCUUCGGUGCACUUGGUGGGCAGGAGGGACGCGGUGGUGACGGCUCUCAGGUCGAAGAAGCUGGAGCAGCGAUUCACGAGCACUCGACGGAUUCGAUUCGAGCAUGACGGAGGCCACGAGUUCCCCUCGGGUGUCAAGUGCAGGCAGCUGUACAAGGACAUUGCACAGGAAGUGCUGUCGAUAACGGGUCAAGCGUGGAAGUGA